UUGAGAGCGUUCAAUAAUAUCUUAUAUGUAGUGAUUUAAUUAUCUAUCGUUGACCACUGAGAAAGAGACCCUCUCGGAUGACUGUCGCUGUCGAUUUUAUCCCGUCCUGCUGACCUUCCGCCGCGCUCCGACGCUGGCUCGUCCCGACCGAACUCGCGCUAUCCUUUUAAUUCGGUCGCUUGUAUAUUUGCAAUGGCGAGCUUCCUGAACAUAUGGAAAUCUGGCACCGCCGCGGCGUCUGGUUCGGCAGGCAAAGAUGCGCAAAAGAAGAAGGAAGAAGCUACUCCGGAGUUAACUCCGUUAGAAAAGAUGCUUCAGAAUACUGGCGCGCUCCGGCAAGAUGGAAGCGACAAGUUCUUUGGAAUGGAGAAUUUUGGUAAUACUUGUUAUUGCAACUCGAUCGUCCAAGCCUUGUAUUAUACCGUACCAUUUCGAGAACAGGUCUUAAAAUUUCCGCCGCUGUCGCCGUCAAGUACCCCGAAUGGCAACCGUCCUAGAGUCAAUGUUCAAAUAAGAGCACCGGUUGCGAAUGGAAACGCCCACGGAGGCGCAAAUGGACACAAGAAAGGUCUUACUGCGGCAGAGGCCAUGGAGAGGAGAAAACAGAUCAACUCAGGCCAACCCCAGCCAAUUCGACCCGAGGAUAAGCCAGAUACCCCGGAGUAUAAGAAGAAGCAAGCCAUGCUCAAGGGCCCCAUAUUAGAGCUGACGCAAGAAAGCAAUGAAACCUUUGGUAUGGAUGAGUGCACAUUCACAGGUCUAAGGGAUAUUUUUAUGGCGCUCGUUGAUAGUCAGGUUCGCACAGGGGUCCUUAGUCCUCAGCGAUUCCUGGAGAUUUUCAAGCGUGACAACGAAAUGUUCCGGAACUCGAUGCACCAGGACGCUCAUGAAUUCUAUGGGCUUGUGUUGAACGACAUCAUAUCGAAUGUUGAGAACACAGCCAAGAGAUUGUUGAACGAACAAGCACUCCUUGGUAAGGACGGUAUCGAAGAAUCUCUUAAAGCUGCCUUUGGGGCCGUCGCUAGGACUACCUCAAAUGGUACGAAUUCUCCAGGAACAGGAUGGGUGCAUGAUAUUUUUGAAGGAGUAUUAACAUCAGAGACGAAAUGCCUCACUUGCGAGACCGCUUCUCAGCGCGACGAGACAUUUCUUGAUUUAUCAAUUGACUUAGAGGAGCACACCUCGGUGACUUCUUGCUUACAGAAGUUCUCGGCCGAAGAGAUGCUUUGUGAGAGAAAUAAGUUUCACUGCGAUCAUUGUGGAGGUUUGCAAGAAGCUGAAAAGCGCAUGAAGAUCAAGCGAUUACCCAAGGUGCUAGCACUACACCUGAAAAGGUUUAAGUAUACCGAGGACUAUAGCCGGUUACAGAAGUUGUUCCAUCGCGUGGUUUACCCAUACCAGCUACGAAUGUUUAAUACGACUGAGGAUGCGGAAGAUCCGGACCGGUUAUAUGAGCUCUAUGCCGUCGUCAUUCACAUCGGCGGCAACGCAUACCAUGGACAUUAUGUUUCAGUUAUCAAGACAGAGGACCGAGGUUGGCUCUUGUUCGACGAUGAGAUGGUCGAGCCGGUUGAUAAGCAUUAUGUUAGGAAUUUCUUUGGGGACAAACCGGGUAUGGCUUGCGCCUACGUGCUUUUCUAUCAGGAAACGACGUUCGAAAAAGUGCGCGCCGAACAGGAAGCCGAAGGUCUCGAGGAAGUUAGGAUAGCUAGCGAGAAAGCUGGAGUCGCUCAGGAGGAUGGCCAUCCCAAUGGACAUGUCCCGGGCUUAUCGAGGCAGCUAACGCAGCCGAACCGACCACAUGAAGAAUCCGAGGGAUUAGUUCUGGAUCAUGCUGCCACGGCACCUGACAUGGUCGUCAAUUCAACAAUUCCUUCGCCGGCAUUGCCGCCUCAGGUUGAUGGCGCAGUACCGCCCGUUCCCCCUCUUCCAGCGAGAGUGAACACAAUCAAGAGAGAAUCAAAAUCAAAAGAGGAAAAGAGCCGGGAAAAGAAAGAAGCUAAGGCCCAAGAAAAAGCGAGGAAAGUAGCGGAAAAGGAAGAGCUUAAGGCUAAGGAGAAGAUGCGCAAAGAAUCCUCAUUACGUCUGCGUGAAGCUCGUAAGGCCGAGGAAGAGGACUUAAAGAAAGCUCUCGAAGCAAGCAAAAAGAUAGCCGAGGAAGAGGAAGCUAAACGCAAUGAGCAAAACGACAGCGUCCCAUCACUGCCAAAGCCAAAUAGGGGUAGCAAAUCUAUGUCGAGGAAAAGCUUUGGAUUCCUCAGUAAGGACAGGACGAAGCGGGAUAGUUUAGAUGUCUCCGAAAAUGGGCAUAAUGGAGAGAGCGCGGCACACGCCCACGACAAACCGGAGCCACAUGUCAGGCUUAAGAAGAGCUUCAGCUUUAGUCUUGGUCGGAAGAAGAGCCAAAGUAACCUCUUGUAAGGAUACCUACCAUCCGGAGUUACGGGAACCACAAUCAACAGAAUACUUGCCCACAUGCCUAAGUAGAACGGCAUAAGGGAUACGGCAUAUAUGGAGUUUUGGGAGCAUCAAAAAAGAAAUACGCCGAUU